AUGUUGUUAAGAGAAAAAUCCAAAGUGCAAACCGACCGUAAGGUCUCUCCUCCUGGGCCGUCAUAUAUGUCAAAUGAUCAAUUUGCGGACUACUUGGCAGAUUUAAGAAAUAAUCGUGUUACACGCCCGAGUGGUGCAAGACCUGCCCCUCCAAGUAAACGCAGACAAUCGAAUUCACUAUCGUCGAUAUUAUCAGCUAGCACCCCGGUCCCACCAGAGAUCCCAGCUUCUGUCGAUCCUUCACCGCGACCCGAAAGUUCCUUUUCGCGCCGACCAGCUCGAAAUUCCCUCGGAUCAUAUUCAUCAGUCAGCUCGAGAGCAGGUCGAUCACUUGUUCAGCCACCAUCUCAAGAGCCCCCUCUCAAACCCUCUGAAGUUGUACCUAGUGCUACAUAUAUAGAACGUGGUCUGAGAUGGAUGGAAAAGGAAGAGGCAGUAGCUCUACGAGAGGCUAUGGAGGACAUGGAUAUGAAAGGAGAGGAUGACGAGGAACUGCGAAUUCACAAUGCCGCCCAAGAGGAAGCAUCCGAGUUAGUCUAUGUCCACCAGUUUGGGGAAAAAUUCAAGAACCCUGACGCGCCAUAUCGAUAUAAAGAUCACUUGAGAAAGAACAGUUAUGCACACGCGAGGACACAAAGCGCUGGACGCAACGGAGGCCUUGUUAUGGCUACAGGACUUGCUAGGGAUACAGUUCCAAGGACAAACUCAACCAGUAGCGAUGAUGAAGGACAAAGGAGCUCUGGAAGUUCAACACCUCCGUCCCCAAUCAAGGCUGGCGUUACUGCAGAAUCAACGUUACGUGGAUCUCUAGAUACUGGUCGAGAUGCAAUGGCUCAACAAGCGGCUACCAAAACUUACGGUGGUGUUAGCCGAUUACAACACGGAAGAAAAAUGGGCGGUGGUGGUAAGAGAAAUAUUAGCGGAGAGAUCAAACGCAGCUUUACCGGUGAACAGAUUUGGGAGGAGCCAGAACGAGAAACCACGAGCGACUCCGAUCGUGGUCGAACUUUAGAUGGUCGUCCUGCCUCUGCCCUACAAGCCAAACCCCGGAACCCUCUCAAUCGUGUCCAAUUUUCGGGCGAUGUUCAACGAUCGAAUAGUUCUCCUCCUGAAAUCACCAAGAAGCUUUCCACAACCGAGAUCUAUAAGAAUCCACCAACGCAAUCAAGAAAUCCUGUAUACACUGCAAAUCCGCCCCCAGCGAACGUACCAGAAGCCGAGAAGGAAGAUGUCCCAAAAAAGAAUGGUGUUGAGAUCAGAGGUGAUGAUAUACGUCAAGCGACAAGUAUGCGUCUUAGUGACCGCAGCCCAAAACUCCCCACACCCACUGCAGUCAGUGAUAAACCUGGCCGACCUAUUGUAAGCUUUGAUAAAAAUUGGAAGCCGCAAGAGGCUGAUGACAAGCCAGAAGUGCGAAGAAGAUCGCCGUUCGAUCGCCGUCCAAAUAGCCAAAAGCAAAGCGUACCUGCUCGACCAAGUCCGACGCCUAUCGCAUCAAACAAGGAUUCUAGUGCACCGUCCAAAGUGAACGUUCCAGUGCCCAAUAUAAAUGUCUCAGCAACACCGUCAGUCCCUACCAUAAGCUUUCCUGAUUCCCCUAAAAUUUCCGUUUCGGCUCCUAGUGUUCCAACGAUCAUUGAACCAGGGUCAAGCUCAACCAAAUCAGCAUCAGCUGUACCAACGAUAAAUAUUCCGACCAUCAACGAGCCAGUAUCUCAGUCCAAGCCUCAGAUUCCCACAAUUUCAGAACCUGGAUCGUCUCAAUCAAAAGCAAGGCCCCUCCCAGAUCCGAAGACUGCCUCAAAACGUCCUAACCCACGACAAGCCCCUACGCCUGUUCCUCGAGGCCACUGGUCUCCUGCGGUAGGUAGUCGAGCCACUGCAACUUGCCACCAGUGUCAAUUGCCAAUUGAAGGAAAAGUAGUGGCCCUUCGCGGUAUACCCGAGCGCUUCCAUCCGGAAUGCUUUAUAUGUUUUACAUGCGGUACCGCUCUUCAAGAUCUCGAAAUCAGCCCAGAACCCGCCAUCUCCCGCGCAGCACGUCUCGAUCGUAUCAAGCGUCGUGCACAGGGAGAAAUCAUCCCCGAUACUGAAGGUGAAACAGAAGCCGAAGACGGAGAUGCUAGACUACGAUUCUAUUGCCAUCUCGACUGGCACGAACUUUAUGCCCCUCGCUGUAAACAUUGCAAAACCCCCAUCAUCGGUGAACAUGCCGUUGCACUUGGAGAGCACUGGCACUAUGGACAUUUCUUUUGCGCCGAGUGUGGAGACCCUUUCGAACAAGGAAUGACGCAUAUCGAAAAAGAUGGAUAUGCCUGGUGCCUUUCAUGCCAGACCAAGCGCACGGAACGCAAGGCCCCGAAAUGUAAAAAAUGCAAGAAAGCCGUCCUAGGCCAGUACGUUCAAGCGUUAGGUGGUGAAUGGCAUGAUGAAUGCUUUAGAUGCGGGCACUGUGCGGGUGGAUUCGAUGAUGGGCAGAUUUUCCCUUGUCAGAGGGGAAAUAAGGGGGACGGUGGUGAAAUUAUUGUGCUUUGUACGGGAUGCAUGGAGAAGGAAUUGAAGCAAUGA